CCUAUCCUAAUGCACGGGGCUUAUCAUGUCUCUCUAGUCUUUUCUUGUUCUCCCACAACUCCAAGCUGCAAAAAGAAAGAGAGCCAUGAAAGUGUCUGCCUUCCACCCCAAACCUCACCUUCUCCAUCUCCAAAAGCAUGCCCAUCCCAUCCGCACCCUCCCAAUAGACUCAUUAUUUCUAAAGCCAAAACCAGCAGCAACAAACACCAGUCCUACGUCCCUUAAGUCCUCUCCCAAGCCAACCCUUGGAGCCAGGCCUAAAUCCCCAAAGACCAUUGGGAAUGAGCCUAUAAAAGCUCCCACAGAAGGAAUUCCUAGAUGGAUGCUCUUGGGAGGUGUUUCCAUUGGCCUUGCCUUUCUUCUUUUGGGAAUUGAUGGGCAACAAGAUGCCUUGGCUCUGGGGCCUGAGGGGCCCUUGGUGGAGGAGUUCUGGGAAAACAUGAGAAGGUAUGCACUAUACUUCCUUACAGUCAGCACUGGGGUCAUAUACACCAUAUUCCAACCCAUACUGGAGCUACUGAAGAAUCCCAUCACUGCAAUCCUCAUCAUCAUUGUGACGGUUGGUAGUGCUUACCUUGUGGCUCAGGUGUUGAGUGCCAUGGUUGGUAUUUCAGAUUUUUCUUAUAAGUAUGGUUAUUGAGUUUUUUUUUUUUUUUUUUUUUUUGCCCUCUGGCCCUUUUGGGAUUGAGAUAUGGUUAUUAAGAUGACAACCCAGGGAGGCUUAUGUUUUCAUCAGCAUAUAUGGUUCUAUGCCCAAUGGAUGGUAUGUUAAUCACUAUCAAGUGUUAGCUUUGCA